GGUUUUAUCUAUAUAUUCUAUAUUUACUAAAUUUGUGAUACAGAAAGGUUUUGAUUGAUUUUCUACAUUCUUUCUUUCUGAAUUCAGAAUAAACGUGAUAUCGAAGAAGCUUUGCUGGUUUUUAUUUCAUCUUUGGGUCCAAAGUCACAAAAAUAAGAGAAUGGAGGGGAAAGACAACAACACAAGCUCCUACACAGUGAACAACGUUGUUGCUGAGGCUGAUGAGGCAAUAAAGUUAGAGUCAUUUGCGAGUGUGUCAAAGUACGGUAGAGCGGUGUUGGAGACGCCGUUAAGGCUAGUGGAUCGGGUGACGAGUCGGUCGAUGGAUGAGGUGGAGUUGGUGGAAGUGAAGAGGCGAAGCCAGCACGAGAUGAAGAAAACGCUCACGUGGUGGGACCUCAUAUGGUUCGGAUUAGGCAGUGUCAUAGGUUCGGGCAUCUUUGUGCUCACGGGAUUCGAGGUCAAGAGCCAUGUGGGACCCGCUGUUGUUUUGUCCUAUGUUAUCUCUGGGAUCUCCGCCAUGCUCUCCGUUUUCUGUUACACUGAAUUUGCCGUCGAAAUUCCCGUUGCCGGUGGUUCGUUUGCGUACCUUCGAGUGGAGCUAGGCGAUUUCGUGGCGUACAUAGCAUCGGGCAACAUCCUUCUAGAGUACGUGGUUGGUGGUGCCGCAGUGGCACGCUCCUGGACCUCCUACUUCGCCACUCUCUGCAACCAACCCUCCGACAAGUUCCUCAUCCACGCCCACCGCCUCUCACAAGACUACAGCCACCUCGACCUCAUCGCCGUCCUCGUCCUCGCCAUCGUGGGCCUCUUCGCCGUCUUCAGCACCAAGGGCUCCUCGCGCUUCAACUACGUCGCCUCCAUAAUCCAUGUCAUUGUCCUCCUCUUCAUCAUCGUCGCGGGCCUCACCAAGGCCCAGGCCCGCAACUACACCGACGACUUUCUCCCCUUCGGCCCCCGCGGAAUCUUCCAAGCCGCCGCGGUCCUGUUCUUCGCCUACGUCGGCUUCGACGCCGUUUCCACCAUGGCGGAGGAGACCAAGAACCCCGGGAGAGACAUUCCCCUUGGCCUCAUCGGCUCCAUGACGUGUGUCACCUUUUUGUACUGCAUGUUGUCGGUCACACUUUGUUUGAUGCAGAGGUACAGCGAUGUCGACGAGAAUGCCGCUUUUUCGGUUGCGUUUGAGGCUGUUGGGAUGAGUUGGGCUAAGUACAUUGUUGCUUUUGGCGCGUUGAAGGGAAUGACGAGUGUGUUACUUGUUGGAGCUGUGGGUCAAGCGAGGUACCUCACACAUAUUGCUAGAACGCACUUGUUGCCACCGUGGUUCGCUAGGGUUAAUGAAAAAACUGGGACACCCAUCAAUGCAACUAUUACUAUGCUUGGUGCAACUGCUGUUGUUGCAUUCUUUACCAGCCUCGAUGUUCUUGCCAACCUUCUUUCGAUUUCGACUUUGUUCUUGUUCUCUCUUGUGGCCUUGGCUUUGUUGGUUCGGCGAUACAAUGUUAGAGGGGUUACUACAAGGGUGAACGUGGUGAAAUUCGUUGUGUGUGUUGUUCUUAUUUUGGGCUCUUCCGUUGCUUCAGCGGUUUAUUGGGCGAAUACCGAGAAAUGGGUUGGUUACACUGUGUUUGUGCCUAUUUGGUUUGUGGGAACGGUGGGGAUUUGGAUGUUGGUUCCGCUUGCGAAGAAGCCGAAGGUUUGGGGUGUGCCUUUGGUGCCGUUUCUGCCUUCGGCGUCGAUUGGCAUCAAUGUUUUCCUUCUGGGGUCGUUGGAUAAGGCUUCGUUUAGGAGAUUUGGGGUUUGGACUGGGAUUUUGCUGGUGUAUUACCUCUUUGUGGGGUUGCAUGCGUCUUAUGACAUGGCGCGGCUGCAGAAGAAGGAGAGGCUAGAGACCAAGACUGAGUCGACGGUGGAUGAGGAAGAUGGUGUUGUGACCGUGACGGAGUCUAUUACAAAAAGUGAAAAAUCAUAUGCAGCGGGAGUUUGAUUUAACUGAUUGUUGAUGGUUGUGUGAUGGUUGUUUAUGUUCCACGUUGCAUGUGAUUAUUGUUUGUGUGAACUGAUGCUUUGAGCAAUAGGGUUUGUUUGUAUA